GUAACAGACGAUAGAAUAGCUAGAAUUGCACACACCACGAAUUAACAAUGAAUUAACACGCAUAUUACCACGCAAACAUUCCUCCGAGACACUCCCAAACCCAACUGUGUGAAGUUAAUUAUCACCCUUUGCGCUUCCCCGUUUGAUGAAUGGCUUACCAGCCUGGUCGAAUUGCUAACUAUUUCCCGCCCGCGCUUCGCACCGUUCCAACGGUUCAGCCACACUGACAAUACCGACCGAACGUAGCAGAGCACAUCCUUUUUUUUUUGUUCUGUUUUGCAUACCGGCAAAAUGCGGUCACCAUGCAACAAGGAUAUAAUUGCAUGCUUCAACACAAUAAAGCUCGUCACAAUCGGCUUUCGUAGAGCGCUUCGAAAAACCAUGUGCUCCACAUCGCUCAAGUACUGUGAGGAACACAACCGAGUUCCGCAAGCACUCGCGCGGCAUGAGGGGGCUGAAAACUUUCCCCGUGUCGGGUUGUCUAAAUAGCUCCUGUUGGUUGAUCAGCUGAAAUUGGUUGUUAUUUCCGGUUACCCUUGGCAACCGAACGGUGGUGGAUACGUGUGGUAUGUUGUGACCGUCCAGGAUACAGUGUUAGUCACGCUGUAGAAACACAACAUGCUUUGUCCGUAGGAAGGGAGUGGCGGGAGACGAGGCCAUGCCGGACGCACAACGAAAAGUCGUACGGAAAAAUGUAGUUUUCCUCGCUUCCUCGGCGCACUUCAUACACGCAUCGUCAGCGUAGAGGAAGCAACGAAGAACGCCUUCGCUGUUUAUGGUCCGUAAAUAGUAUUUCGUGGAUCGUGCUACAACGUGGUUCUCGAAUGUGGAACAGUUUCAGUCCUUUCUUCAUGCUUGGCUUGAAUUUGAGACGGUUCUAUCCAGAUAUUUAGUUUCACGUUUUGAUUAGCAACUAAAAUGAAGUAAACAGUUAAGUUAAGGUGCUGUAGCGAUCCGGGCAGUGCAUACUAAAAAGGAUACAAUAACCUCCCGGUGCAGAUCGUGUGUUGGGCAAACGAGCAAAGUUUGGAAAUAAGUUCGCAUCUCAACCCGUAGUGCAGUAGACCACCAAUGGAUAAGUGCGGUGGAAGCAGUUUUGUCCAACAGACAACAAAUAGGAUGCAAAGUCAACCGACCAAAUUAACAGAAAGGACACAGUGCUUUCGGUGGUUGUCGAUUGUAGUGCUCUGCUUGAUAUCCGGCUCGUUGGUGCACCUGUCCGAAGCAGGCUUCGCCUGUCUCAGCAACCCAUGUGUGUAUGGUGUGUGCAUCGACGAUCUAAAUAGCACAUACUCUUGCUAUUGCAUCGAUGGAUACACCGGUGUGCAUUGUCAGACGAACUGGGAUGAAUGUUGGUCGGACCCAUGCCUCAAUGGGGGCACCUGUAUCGAUGGUGUUGCUUCCUACAACUGCACCUGUCCUGAUGGUUUCUUAGGAUUAAACUGUGAAGAAAAUUUCAACGAAUGUCAGUCCAAUCCCUGCCAGAACGGUGGCCUCUGCAACGAUAAGGACAAUGCCUUCUACUGUACUUGUGCGCUGGGUUACGAGGGAGAGUUCUGUGAGCUGGACAUAGCGGUGUGUGAGACGGGCGAUCGGUGCCACAACGGGGCCGCCUGCAUCGAGGGCCCUGGGCUGGAGUUCUCCUGCCGUUGCACCGAGGGCUACGAAGGCCGGCUGUGUGAUGCCGAGAUCAAUGAGUGUGCCUCAUCGCCCUGCCUGAAUGGUGCAAUCUGCAUCGACAAGUUUGCCUCGUACGUGUGCGCUUGUCCGAUGGGCUUCGGUGGUACGAACUGUGAGGAAGAGAUCAUGGUUUGCGCCAGCUCACCGUGCGCUAACCAGGCGUUGUGCUUGAUAGAGGAAGAUGCUCCGACCUGCUACUGUGUGCCGGACUUUCACGGAGAGCGCUGCGAGCUGCAGUACGACGAAUGUCAGCUAGGCGGCCCGGAGCCCCGCUGCGUCAAUGGUGCCACGUGCAUCGACGGCGUGGAUGAGUAUUUCUGCACCUGUGCGCCAAACUUUACCGGACAAAAUUGCGAGUGUCUCAUCUACGAAGCGGACGGUCAAAUUGAGAUGGACUGCAAUUACACGGCACCGUUCAGCAGUACCACCUUCCGGAGCGAGGAAACGACCGAUACUUCGUUCUUCGCGACUACCCUGGAGUCUUUUCCAUUUUCUACGGACAACGUGUGGAGAACAACUGACGACGUGUCGUCGGAAAGCAGUACGAGUUUUCCACAAUUUUCACAAACAAUCGCAACUUCCCUUUCUGGCGACUACACGGAACCUUCUACCGAUAUGACGUACAACAGAACGCCACCAGUUUCGGAUGGGAGCUUACCAGCGAUAACAACUGCUCAAGUACCUGCUGGCUAUCCGGGUCCCUCAGGAAGUGAUGCGUAUGGCACCUCUCCCAUCAGUGAAAGUGUUACCGAUAGCUCUGUGAUACCAUCAUCAGACCAUGGCCAACCAGUAUCAACCAAAUCCACGGCAGAAACAGAUGCUACGAUUACUCCGACCGUUACAAUACCCGAGACCGCUGGAACAGCGGUUACUGUAGAGGAAAAGUCUUCUGUCGUGCCUGAUAACCAAGAUAGCACGGUAGACGUGUCGGCAAGCGUAGACUACACCACGUCAAAACCCUCCUCUAAACUUCCAACCGCCGAUGACGAUUCUACACCUUUCGAACAGGCAACGACGCCUUUUACGGACACUCUUUUUACCACAUCGGAUGCUCCCCGGGUUUCUACACUCACACCCGAGCUGAGCUCGUUCUUCACCGAAUCUCCGACAAAUCGAUCGGUUCCACCAUUCCAAGGUGAGGAUCAAGUAACGGGCACACCUACGAUCACGACCAGCGGGGGAGCUAGCACACAUCAAACUACAUCCGGUACCACAUUGAUUCCUUCUGGCGAAGGUGGAACCACUGCUGCCUCGGGUACUAUCGCUCCACCCGCAACGACACGCUCGCCGGACGUGAUCCAGGAGUGUGACGAUACAGUGUGUGCUAAUGGCGGUACUUGUGCAAUGACUCCGAACGGUAUUCGCUGUCAUUGCGAUUUCCGUUACGCAGGACCAUUCUGCGACGUUCCCGUGAGCAUACAAAACGCAGCAUUCUCCAAGGAAUCCUUCCUGCGGCACAUCAUUUACCGGCGUAAUGGUUCGAUCGACCCUACCAGCCUGUCAAGUGUGAGUCCAUCGGUGGAAACACAGCUGGCACAGCUAGCGUCCAUGGCGGUACGGUUCAAGGCCAAGCUAACGUCGCGCGAAGGAUUGAUCCUUUUGGCAACGGCCGAAGGCGACGAAGGCAACCACUAUGUGGCACUGUUUCUGCACAAGGGUUUGCUACAGUUUCAGUUCUCCUGCGGGUUGCAAACGAUGCUGCUGAGCGAAAUCGAAGGCACAGUCAACAAUGGAUAUGAGCUGAACGUUAAAGUGCAAUUAAACUUCAAUGAACGCUACAGUCAUUGCAACGCCUCGCUGCAUGUGAACGAAACGUUGGCGAUGAGCGGCGAACAGCCGACCUGGCUGGGGAAUGUCUACAACAGCGCGCGAGAGCAGACGGGACAGGAAGGUGGUCCCGGUAGAAUGGCAGCAUUAGCUUCCAUCAAGCAGAGCUGGCUUCAUCUGGGCGGCCGUCCCAUCAAAACAAUGUACACCCUCAGUCACAACAUUUCACGCUACCACGGAUUUACCGGAUGUGUUUACGAGCUGGAAAUUAAUGACGCUCCAGUGGCCGUCUUUGAUAACGCUGAAGAUGCGUACAAGAUCUACGAAUGCACCUCGCUGGCCUGUCUCUCCAGCCCCUGCCGCAACGGAGCGGUAUGCGUGGAGGCCGACGGGUACGGCUUAACGGGACGCUACGCACCCAGCACUACUACUACUACUAGUGCUAGCAGUUCCUGGAGCUGCAAGUGCACCUUCGGCUACAUGGGGAAAACUUGCGAACGUUCCGUGUGUGAUAACAACCCGUGCAGGUUCGGUGGCACGUGCGUUACGUUUCCCGAGAGUGGUUACCUAUGCCUGUGCCCGUACGGCAAGCAUGGCCAUUUUUGUGAGCAUGAUUUAGACAUCCUGCAACCAUCGUUCUUCGGCAGCAUCAAGGGCAUUUCCUCGUACGUUGCGUACCCAAUCGCAUUCCCGUUGGAGGAUCGGUUUGAGUUUAGCUUUAAAAUCAUUCCUACUACGACGGCACAGAUUUCGCUACUUGCAUUUAUCGGCCAACCGUAUGAUCACCACGAUCAGAGUGAUCAUUUCUCUGUUAGCUUCAUACAAGGUAAUACCGGGGAUAGAGCGAAACUAGUCAGAACAGUGCAUAAGGGUGGUGUUUCCGUUACCGUUUUAGGUUUCAUUCUCGUUACGUGGAAUUUGGGCAGCGGUCCGAGAAGGAUAUUUACCCAGCAACCGAUCCAGGUACAGCCGACCAGACCCACUACGAUUCAUACGGGCAGAAAUGGACGCACCGCUUGGCUGUCGAUCGACGGAAAGGUGAACAUUUCCGGCAACUCGCCGGGAAGCAGCCGAAAGCUUAAUGUAUCACCCCAGCUGUACAUCGGUGGCCACGAGGGUGUCAAUUUUUCCAGCCUACCGCACGAUUUGCCGCUCCACUCAGGCUUCCAGGGCUGCCUGUUCGACAUACGGCUGGUGGCUGGUCCAGUGCACAUACCGCUGCAACACAUCGGAGGCAUGCGUGGCCGAAGCGUGGGCCAGUGCGGUACGAAAGAGUGCCAUCGGCACGCGUGCCAAAACAAUGGCGCCUGUCUGCAGCAUGGGUCGACGUUCACGUGCAUCUGCCAGGAGGACUGGAACGGGAUCCUGUGCUCGCAGAAGGUCAAUCCGUGCGAUGAAAGCGUAAGCAAGUGUGCGGCGGGUUCGAUAUGUUUCCCGCUCGUGUCGGGUUACGAGUGCGAUUGUCCCUUCGGAAGGGUGGGCAAACGAUGCGAGUCGAACCUGAAGCACCUGAGCGACGUGUCGUUCUCGGGUCGACGGUCAUAUCUAGCGUUGCGAUGGCCCGCCAGCGAUACCAUCGACUGGACUGCCUCGUACCGCCAGAACGAGGUGCGGUACGAGAAGAUUGUACAGCAUUCGCACAUCAUUCCCCACAAUCAUUCCAUUUUGCUCAAGUCGAUCCGCGAGCUGGACAAGAUCAACGAUGUGCUGAAGGUGCUGCCCGAAUCGAACGACACCGAGCUGUACACCGGCCAUGCGGUGAUGCCACGCUCCGAAAGCUACCGCCAGUUGCGCAUCAGACAGCUGGCCAUCGAGCUGCAGGUGCGUCCGCUCUCGGAAAAGGGGCUCAUUCUCUUCGUGCGCACGUUCGACUUCAACGCACAGGCGCAGGGUUUUAUCAGCAUCAGCCUGCAGGGAGGCGUGGUGGAGUACCGCGUCUCCGCGACCAGAACGCAAACGGCCGUGGUGCGGAGCAACCACGUGCUGGCUACCGGCGAGUGGCACUUUAUUCGGGUGGCCAAAUAUGGCAAGCGGCUUACGCUGUGGGUGGAGGGCAAGAGCACCUCCAUUAUCGGAUCGGUUCGGGAGGAGUACGUGAGCCUCACGCAAGACCUUUACCUCGGCGGCUUGCCGGACCUCUCGGCGCUGCCGUAUGACGCAAUUUCUGGCUAUCCGGUAUCGUUCCGGGGUUGCAUCCGGAACGUAAACCUGAACGGGACACGCAUCACGCUCAACGAAAGCUCGAUAGUGGCUUCGCGCAACAUCAACGAUUGCGAUGGUACACCGUGCGGUGGAGAUAUAUGCGCCGGCGGGGGUCUCUGCUAUCUGGACGAACAUUCGCAACCACGGUGCCGCUGUCCCGAGCACUCCAAGGGUGUCAACUGCGAGAUACAGGAGUCCUGCGACAUAGUGCAGUGCCGCAACAGUGGACAGUGCCUGAAAAAUGGACGGUGCAGCUGUGGGGUAGGCUGGACGGGGCACUAUUGCGAGAUUGCGACGACCAAGUACUCGUCGCUUGGGUUUAACGAUCGUAGCUAUAUCCUGAUCCCAUCGCAAAAGAUCAAAAUGAAGGACAAACGCAACGAUGACAGUGUAAGCGUGCUGGGGAAAUUGCCGUUGGAGUUGCAGCUUUCCUUCAACAUUUCCACGCUAGAGGAUGGUGUGCUGGUGUGGACAACGGACGAAACGGGCCGGUUCCUUGGUAUCGGCAUUCGGGACGGCCUGCUGGUCGUCGUUAGCAAUAUGCUGGAAGAGGUGCUACACGAACCCUCCGCCGGAGCGGAUUCAGCCGCGUUCUGGAAAGCCUUUGUGGCCGACGGUGAUUGGCAUAAUGUGCUGCUGGAAACAAAAGCACACCAUCUGCACAUAUUUGUGGACGGGGCGGAACUGCUCGCCGGCAAACUUGCACCAAAUCUGCCAAGUCCUCAGGCAAUCGAGAAGCACAUUUUCACCGACGGAAUAACAUACCUAGGAGGAUUCCCGGACGAAGACGUGUACAAUCGCACGGUAGGAAACUUUGCUUCCUCUUUCAAAGGGUGCAUUCAGCAUAUUCUGCUUGGAAAUCAGCUGGACGAGCUCGACUACACCGACUACGACGGAGCUAAUAUCGACGAGUGUGCAGUGUAGGCGACGCUUUCGCUGUGAUGCAUCUUUCUGUCGUGUAGUUUAAUUCAUUCCGACUAGCCCCGCUCGUAAGACAAUUUUGUGUAGUUUAAUAUAUUACCUCAUCCCUUAUUGGAGGUCUUCAUCGUUUCGCUCACAUGUACCAUAAACAUUACGAUCUCUCUUACUCAAAUACCAAAUUCCUCCAAUCGGCAAAGCGACCGACAGACACAAACGACACCACAAUUCCGAAGCACAAAACCGAUGUUUCCCCUCAACACUGAGCUGAAGAAGUGAGAUUGUAGUGAUAAUAAAAGAUAACUAAACCAAAA